AUGAAAACAUUUUUUGCUGAAUUAUCUAUAUGUAUACGAGAACGUAAUCAAACAAUUCAUGCACGAGAAAAUGGAUCAACAAAACAAAUUGCUUCAAAAAGUUGUGCACUUGCACUUGUUCGACAACUUUAUCAUUUAAAUAUUAUUGAACCAUUUACUGGAGAAAAAAAGAAAAAACAAAUUGAAAAAACAACACCAUUUCGUGUUACGGUUAGUAAUGAUAUUGUCAAAGAACUUGAUGAAGUUAUUAAAUUAUUCAAUAUUCAACUAGUAGUGAUAAAUGAACAACAAGCAAAUGGUUCAUUAUUAAAUCCUCAAAUAUUAGAACGGUUUCCUCCAAGUGAACGUCGUACAACAUCAUCUAUAAUUCAAUGGGUACCACCAAUACCAAAUUGGAAUCCAUGA